AUGUUUCGAACGUUGCUGACGCCCUUGCGACUUCGUUUUGACUCGUCGCCGCGGUCGGCUGUCACCAAUAAUGUCACUUCACCCAGCAUCGACGAGGAGGAGCUCGAAAACCCAGAGGACUUUGCCAGGGAUGUGCUCAUAGAGCUCAUGCGACUGGCUGUGGACAAGCUCAAGACGGUAGACACCGCUCAGGAAAGAAUAGAGGUGCUUGUCGAAAUCCAGCGCAUAAUGCUACAGGACACCGUUGGGGCGACCAAAGACGUCUUUCGGGAGAUGGAUGGGUUCAUGGGGCUUGUGGCAGCGCUCUCUACUGCUGACCACAACGCCAAGGACGAGGGAGAGACGAUCGAAUGCAGCCGGCUUGCAUUCAUGAUCACUUCCGAAGCCAUUACCGACCACAAGCAAAAUGCCGAGUACUUUAAGAAUCGGGUUGGCUAUGAGGCAUUGGCUUCUGCGGUUGCUCGUCUCAUUGCGGAUCGUUCAACCGUUGACUAUACGAUGGGUCUCCUCCUCUCCUUCGCUUUCCGAAACUUCUCCCUUGCCGGCACAUUCAAGUCCAUACGUGGAGUCGCUGCCACCAACGUCGAGCCAACUCUGCGAGAAGUAGUGUCACGCCUUGGGGGAAUCAAACGACCCGGCGCCAUGGCUCUCCUCGUUCGGUUCGCUCCUCAACUUAUCAACGACGACGCGGCCAUGAGAUUUGGUGUAUACAAACUCUACGAACUCCUAGCCAACACCACCCACCGAAAUCAUGUCGUUUUCAGCAGUUUUGACCUGGAAAGGGGCUUGCUGGAGCGAUUUUGCGAACCGGGAACACCUGAACUCGAGCGGAACGUUUUGCAGAAACUCACCCGACGACUACUUGACAUGGGCGCAACACCCGCUGUCGCGCGCUUUCUGUUUCAGCGGGUUGUCAGGGAAGACGAUACCCUGGACGCCGAACUUUUGGAGGUCAUCCGUUAUGGAAUGAAGUCGCGUUGGCUGGAGCACAUCUCUAUGGAGUCGCCGGCUUCGCUAGCAACAACAGAGGAGAAUGUGAAGGGCUUGCCGGUUGGUGGAUUUACGUUCAUGAUUUGGCUCUGGAUAAAGGAGCUUCCGACAACCACACACCCAAUCUUUACCGCCCGAAUAGGCACUGGGAAUCGUCCUAUCCUUACACUUUCCUUGCGCGGAGAUGGCAAGCUUGAGCUCACUUCAACAUCCAGUCGCGAAGUCGGCGUCUUCCGCAAAAGCUCUGUGAACAAAAUGCGCUGGACCCAUGUUGCCCUUACCCAUUACCCCCAACGAAACGCAAACCCAACUAUCCGACUUUACAUUGACGGGGUGCUUAACGAUGGCUUAAACUGGAGCUAUCCCAAGCUCGAAUCCCAGGCACAAGCUCUUCGUUAUGUCAUUGGGGAGGAUAUAGCCAAGACAAGAAUGAGCUGGUGUAUUGCCUCAGCACACUUAAUGUCUUUCCCUCUCGGAGACGACGUUCCACGGUUCAUUCACCAUCUUGGUCCUCGUUACUCUGGCACUUUCCAGGACCCCGUACUAGUCAAGUUUCUGACUUACGAAGCCAGUACAUCCCUCAACAUGUAUCUCUCCACCAUCCUCGCCAAAGCGUCUACCAAUCCCACGAGCCCGACUUCUCAGAGUAUUCCUUUGAUGAAGGUUGUGAAGGACGGUCUGGGCAUACCUGAAACCGGAAUCGUUUUUUCGAUGAGCCCACUCAAUUGUCCCGCAAACGACCCCGAGCGAAGUGUUGUUCCAGCCAACGGCAGUAAACGAGAGUUCCAAGUUCAAGGCGAUGUCUUCAUUGUCAAGGCGGCCUGUCUCGAUCAGAGUUUAUGGAAGAUCGGGGGAGCAGCGGUUCCAUUACGACUGCUGCAAGUUGCAAAUACGCCCCAUGAAGUAUCUCGGGCACUGGGUGUCCUCAUGGACGGUUUGCGAAACAGCUGGGUCAAUUCGGAAGACAUGGAGCGGCUACGUGGCUAUGAGAUCCUGACCAGCGUCUUGCGACCCAAAGCGCAACUGGUCAAUAUGACGGGAUUCGAGACUAUUUUCGAAUUCUUGGGUUUCAAUUUCCGGUCUCCAGAACACUCAACCGUAGUUAAUGCCGUUGCAUACCGCGCCAUUGCCUUGGAUUUUGAGUUAUGGUCUAAAACUCGGGCAGAGGUUCAAAGAGUCCAUCUCGAACAUUUCACGACCCUCCUCAUUACCUCCCGAUACAAGCGUUUCAACAUCAAGCAGCGUUUCGCCAAGAUCGGCUUGGUUCGGAGGUUACUGUUCGCCCUUCAAACCAGCUGGUACUCUCCGGAGGUUGUCGUUCACGUCGUCCAGGCAUUGAAAAGUGCUGCCCAGUCGAGCUUUUCGAAGGAAGAAGCCAUCAAACCCAUCGUAUCGUACCUGGCUGCCAAUCUGCAUGCUUCACCACCUGCUGCCCAAAACGGAGAUGACGGAGAACCGGAGGCAAGCUCGCCUCAAAGUGUCAUGUCGCGUAUUGACUAUCGUGAUCCUCGAGACAAAGCAGAGCAAGUUUUGGAGAUUCUGAUCCAACUCCUCGCGAACCCAACACUCUACAACAAAUUCAGCGCCGUUCUCCCGUUAACACGGAUAUGUCUUCUUCUCCUUGGCGAUCGACCUACGCCAUUCAUUGCCAGCCAGAUUCUCAUGCUCAUUGCUAUUAGCAACGCCAUGAGCCCCGCCUUUGCGCGCAAAUUCGAGCUCAUCAGCGGUUGGAGUGUUCUCAAAACAGUCCUGCCGAGCUGUUGGGACCCUAGUGUCCAUGAGGCCGUGCUGGAUGUGCUCCUGGGAAGGUUGGGUGAUCCGAUGGAGAAUGGUGGAGGUGGAGGCAUGAAUGGAUAUGCUGGAGCCAAUGGCAAGUCCAACGGGAACGGACACACGAACGGCCAACCAAACGGUGGAAUCAAUAUCGCCUGUCCACAAAUUGUACCAACAAUCUUCUGCGCAUUGCAGGCCGGUCUAGUCAUCAUUGCUCGGAACUGCGAAGUUAUGGAUGAAGGAAAUGGUUCAUGGGCUGUCGAGUCCACGAUGGAAGUCCUAGUCGAAGAGCUCAUGGAUUUGCAUGCAUCGAGCAACAGUUUCCGCGAGGUUUUCAAGUCACAACAGACCACACAACUUUUUGUGAACAGCUACAAGACCUUCGUUCUCCGAGUCACAAACGCUUCUCAGAUAAACCCGCGCACCAUCCGGAUCCUUGAGAAAAUGACUCACUUUGGGCUCGGACUUGCCUUGGAUAAUAACGUGGCCGGUUCUCAAAAACGCGAGAUCCUUGACAUUCUUCAAGAGGCUGAAGCCAUCCUGGCCCCAUCUGCGCAGAAGACACAAAUCGACCCUUCACUCGUAAAUGAUACCCGAACCGUCCGUCAGAGAAUCCAGUCUGCUCGAUUCAGCAUCCAGAUUGGUGACCGUACCGUCGUCAAAAUCAUGACCCGAAUGAACGAGUGGAGGCUAACAAUCCAAUCGUCUGAGCACAAGAGAUUGAGGAAGAACAUCUUGGAUCUCCGCGAAAAUCGACGACAAGUCUCGCGUUUGACGGAAUGGUCGAACUUGUUGACCUCUGAACGGGGUUUGUGGCCGAAUCCUGAAGAGCGUAUGUGGCGAUUAGACGAGACGGAAGGACCGCAUCGGGUCCGGAAACGUUUGGAACCCAUGAACGACAAGUCGCUGGCCAUUCGCGUGGAUACUAGCGACCAGAACAUCCGAAACGUUGAGGCGCCUGAAGCAGAUUCACAGUCAAUCAAUCAGGUCGAGGUUCCUCCAUGGGCGGAGUCGUAUGAGAUCUCAGCGACCGACAUGGAUGACCGACAACUGGCGGAGGAGAUUACAGACGAUAAACUACGGCGUGUCAGGCACGAGUUGGAACCCGGCGAUGUCAUCGAAGCUGUAACAACUGUUGCACGAAUUGCUGGUGUCGACUCUUCCCCUGGCCUAAUGAUCAUCGGACGAACACACAUUUACAUGCUUGACGGUCUUGUCGAAAGCGACGACGGGGAGAUCAUCGACGCGCAUGAGGCUCCGAAGAGGUUGUUCUUUGUACCUGGCAGUAUUGUGGAGCUAGAUGGUCCUCAGAAAGCCCAACGAUGGUCACAUGACCAAGUAGCUGCCUUCAGUGACAAGACCUUCCUUUUCCGUGAUGUCGCGCUCGAGAUCUAUUUCAAGGAUAGUCGGUCGUUAUUGAUCGUCUUCCUCGACAAGCAACGACGAAAAGACAUAGACCAGCGUCUCAACAACAUUAUUGUCCGUUAUAAUCCUCCAGAGACCGCCAUCGCCGCGACGCCAGGUCGCAUGCGCACACCCAGGUUUGGGAAAGCGUUUCAACGAAACGACGAACUUUCAACUGCGCAACGGAGAUGGCAAGCUCGCGAGAUUAGCAAUUUCACAUAUCUUAGUAUUCUUAACCAAAUAUCUGGCCGAACGCCUAGCGACGCCACUCAAUACCCCAUCUUCCCUUGGGUUCUCAAGGAUUAUACCUCUGCUACGCUAGACCUAACGAAUCCCGACUCAUAUCGCGACCUAACGAAACCCAUGGGCGCCCUCACUGACGCACGAAGAGAAGCUGCUGAAAUGCGAUACACAAACUUGGAGAGCGUGGGUGAAAACCCGUUCCAUUAUGGAACACACUUCAGCUCGUCCAUGAUCGUCUGCCACUUCCUCAUCCGGACCGCACCUUUCACGAAUAUGUUCAAGACCCUGCAAGGAGGAGACUGGGACUUGCCUGACAGGCUUUUCGUUGACAUUCCUCGAGCCUAUGAGUCCGCUGCAUCGGAUAUUCGUGGAGAUGUGCGAGAACUCAUUCCAGAGUUCUUCACCUGUCCAGAGUUCCUCGAGAAUUCAUCCAACUUGGACUUCGGUGUCCAACAGAACACGGGCGAGAAGAUUCACGAUGUGAAGCUCCCACCUUGGGCAAAGCAUGACCCGUUAUUGUUCAUCGUGCUCAAUCGGAGGGCACUGGAAAGUGCUCAUGUCACCGAAAAGCUCCCGGCAUGGAUUGAUCUUAUCUGGGGUUGCAAGCAACGAGACACAGCGUCACUCAACUGUUUCCACCCCUUGUCCUACGAGGGCUCUAUUAAUCUCGACGCCAUCACCGACGAGCUUGAGCGGGAAGCAACUGUGGGGAUCAUUCACAACUUUGGCCAAACACCUCGCAAACUGUUUACGACUGAACAUCCAGCGCAAUAUGAUGUUGGCCCUCGCACAUUACCGCUUGGUCAAGCAAACGGUAUUGAGGAAGACCCACACCUCCUCGUUCAAGCAGCACGACAUUUCCAGGAUCUCGGGCCCACUGUGCCCGUUCGCGAGCUCGUGAUGGACAUGAUCAGUGAACGAAUUAUUCCUUGUCCGGAAGGAGUUCUUUGUAAUCCUUGGCGACCCCAUGAGCGAAUCGAAUGGGGUACAACACGGGCAGCUGCUGGCCAACUCCGUUACGCUGCAGACCAGCGGGUUAUUCAAGUCAUCGAAGAAGCCAACUGCGUUUGCGCCGCCUUUGCGGACUGGGCUAACAUUGUCACUGGUUGCAGCGACUUUACCGUGCGGUUGUGGAAGAUCAACCGUGGCUCAUCAAGCUCGAGUCCGGGGAGGCUGGGUCUUUCGCACAUCAUGCGAAUCCAUACUCAUGAUGUCGUUGCUGUUACUGCUUCAAGACCAUGGGCCAUUGCGCUGAGUGGCUCGCGGGACGGAAGCGCCGCCAUUUGGGAUCUGAAUCGCGGCAUUUAUAUCCGGUCAAUUUGGCAUGGGGAAGCGAGCGAAAUGACUGCUGUCAACCUCGUCGCGAUUAACGAAAGCACGGGCUACAUCGCGACCUGCUCGCGGGAAAAACUGUGCCUACACACCAUCAACGGACGGCCAAUGGCCACGCUUAACUUGACAGUACCCUCCAUUUCGGAUGGGAUUCCGCCGCUGGUGACUGCGCUGGCCUUCCACGAGCGUGAAUACUCGCAUAUGGGUGUUAUCGCGACGGGUGGAUCGGAUGGGUCGAUAACCUUCCGUACAUGGACAACAGACGGAACGCCUGAAGGGGAGAAGGCUGUCUGGGAGUUCCUGACGAUGCGAACGAUGAAAAUAAGGGGUCCCCCCAGCCAAAACGGGACCCCAGAGCGACCGCCAGCCGUCAGGGCGCUAAAAUUCUAUGGUGAAGACUUGUACCAUGGUGAGGAAACUGGGAAGACGUUUGCGUGGACGCUUCCUGAGUGA